CUUCCUUUUACAUGACCAGAUAUCAUUUCCUCUGUUAAUAUAAAUCCCCUAAACUUCUCUGAUGGAAGAAAAACUUCCAUUUUUUCCUCUGAUCAUGGUUCAUUGAUUUAUGCUCUCAUCAUGAUUCUCCCACCAUUAUAAACCCCACCACUCCCUCCCCUGUUUCUCUUCUGUGUUGUGUAUGAGUGGUGCUUUAGAAAAUACCAUGAAGACAUCUUCUACUACGCUUUUUCACAAUCAUAGCCAUGGCAAAAGGGAUCAGAGAUGCAUGAACAUGGGAAUGGGGAUGCCUUUUGUUUUGACCUCUAUUUCCAUGGCCUCCAUUUUCUGUUUUUUCUUCCUCUUCUCUCCAAACCCUUUGACCCUCGUGCCCGAUCAAGACCGUGACGUGUUUGAAAAUCAUCCCCAACAAAAAGAACAACAACAUGUCAUGACCAUGAUACCAAAGCCUUCAUCACCCAAACCACAUAAGGUGCAGAAAUCAUGUGACCUGUUUAAGGGUCAUUGGGUUCCAUCUUUAGGAGGAUCAUCAUCCUAUUACACCAAUUCAAGCUGCACCACAAUCCCUGAGAGCAAAAACUGUUUCAAGGAAGGGAGAAAGGACAGUGAUUUUCUCAAUUGGAAAUGGAAGCCUGAGCAGUGUGAGCUUCCGAGGUUCGACCCGAGAACAUUCCUCCACAUGGUUCGCGGCAAGAAAAUGGCAUUCAUUGGUGACUCUGUUGCCACAAACCACAUGGAUUCCCUCCUCUGCAUUUUGUCACAGGAGGAAGCACCAAAGGAUAUUUACAAGGGCUCAGAAGAAAAGUUCCAGAAAUGGUAUUUUCCUAACCAUGACUUUACUAUCAUGUUGCUGUGGAGCAGAUUCCUCAUAGUAGGUGAAGAAAGAAUGGUAAACGGCACAGGAUCAAGCACUUUCGACUUGCAGAUAGACAAGGUAGAUGAUGACUGGGCUAAAGAAUUACCUGAAUUAGACUAUGCAAUCAUCUCAGAUGGGCAUUGGUUCUUCCGAGUGAUGUACCUUCAUGAAGCUUCAAAAUUAGUAGGCUGUGUGUUUUGCAAUCAACCAAAUAUCACUGACUACGGCGUAGAUUCGAUAUUCAGAAUAGCUUUCAGAACUGCAUUCAAAUACAUCAAUGACUGCAAGGAGUGUAAGAAAACGGUCACAUUAAUGAGAACGUUCGCGCCGGCGCAUUUUGAGAAUGGGUUUUGGGACACAGGAGGGUACUGUAACAGGACAGGUCCUGUGAGUGAAGGGGAGGUUGAUUUUGGAAGCUUUGAUUGGAAAGCAAGGAAUAUUCAGAUGGAAGAGUUUGAGAGAGCAAAGAGUGAAGGGAGGAAGAAUGGGAAGAGGUUUGAAGUAGUGGAUGUUACUAAGGCUAUGCUGAUGAGACCAGAUGGGCACCCUGGGGAACAUUGGGGUAACAAGUGGAUGAGGGGUUACAAUGAUUGUACUCAUUGGUGUUUGCCUGGUCCUGUUGAUUUGUGGAGUGAGUUGUUGUUUGCUGUUCUUCAAAGGGAGGCUGGGAUGAGUUCUGAACUUGAGGCACAAACUUAACAAAAGUAUAGAUAAAUUCAUUUGUAUACAGCAGUAAACAAUAAUAUUAGUGAUAAAUAUCUACAUUCUUUUCAUUAGUAUUUUUUGGUGAGCCUAAGAGUAUCACCCGUGACUUGCACUAAAUGGUAAGCGGUUGGUCAUGAGAUGUGCUCCAUUCCCAUGAGUGACGAUCUAAACCUCGGUCUCAUGGUUAAAGAAUAAGGUGGGCAACCACUAUCCACCAUGGCACAUACUCAUGGUUAUUCCUUUCAUAAGUAUAAGACAAAUAAGACAACAAUAUAAUCGUAGUAUUGGUUAUUUCUUUUCAUUAGUAUAAUACAGCAAUAUUAAUGAUAAUCAAGUAUACGAAU